AUGGGGUUCUACGUCGAGCCAUACCCUGGCAAUGAGUUCUUCAAGUCCUUCACUAAGACCUGGCACACCAAGCCAUACGCUCAAAUUGCACCUGAUCGUCCUGAGCUCAGCGUCGCUGGCAAGACGGUCUUCGUUACAGGUGGUGGUACCGGCAUUGGAAAGGCUACAGCCAUUGCUUUCGCACAGGCUAGAGCCAAAGCAAUUGCCAUCUUCGGGCGACGUGUCGAACGGCUUACCCUGGCUGCCGAUGAGAUUCGCAAGGCCAACCCGGCGGGCACUACCCAUGUAGUGUUUGAGGGUGUCGACCUAAGCAAACGCGGCGCCGUUGAAAUCGCCUUCACUAGCGCCCUCAGGCAAGUGGCCGAGGGCGGUGAAUCGACCAAGAUAGAUGUAUUUGUUAGCAACGCCGGAAUGUUGCCUCAGGUCGGCACUGUGGCCGGGUACAGCGAAGCGGAUUUCUACAAGGGCCUGGAGAUGAACUUUGGCUCGGCUUUCAACACUAUCCAGGCCAUGAUGCCAUUGUUGACCACUGAUGCAACAGUUCUGAACAUCUCUUCCGGGAUCGCCCACAUCGACCCGUUCCCUAAUCUCUGGCUCUACGCAACCACGAAGCUGGCCAAUACUAAGAUGUUCGACUAUCUCCAAAGCGAAAACCCCAACCUGCGAAUAAUCAAUGUUCAACCUGGCGUUGUUACUUCCGAGUUAAAUUCAGGGAGCGGGUAUACAGGCCAGGAUGAUGUCGAGCUCCCUGGCCAAUUCCACUUGUGGCUCGCUUCACCGGAAGCCGAUUUCUUGAAAGGCAAGUUUGUCUGGGUGAAUUGGGACGUAGAUGAACUUAAAGCCCGUGCGGACGAGAUCAAGGACUCUCACCUCUUGAAAGUGUUGUUGAAUGGUGUUCCAAUGUAA